AUGGCGGUGAAGAACCUGCUCGGGCUGUUGAAGGAAGCCGGCUUCGUGACUGGCGCAUUUGAAGCGACCGAUCUUUUCGAUCAAGAUCUCGAUGUGAUCCGGACAGCGAUCCAGGCAUUGGUCGACAAGUUGAGACCUUUGGUCGACGUGAUCGCGGACAGUUCGGACACGAAGGUGCCAGAUCUAGUGGCGCCGGCUCCAGUGUCAUCGCCGCGAGUGGAGUCCACUGGGUACCGAUCGUCGUCACCUUAUGUCUCCGCAGCGGAACAUGUAUCGGAUACGUCGUCGGAACCUCAACGGAUGCCCCUCGGCCCUUCAGGAUUUGCGAUGUUGGACGCACGAUCACGAAGUCAACGUCAGGAACGCAUGCGAUCAGGACCUCGGAAGCAGAAACCCAAGUCGACCGAUCGGACCACCCGUGCUACCGGAUCCGAUGAGUCGAAUGGCAGACUGGAGUCUUAUUUUCAGGCUGCCAUGACUCGAUUUCUGAAGGAACAACAGGCCACGGUGGUAACACCUACUCCGGUGGUCGACGACAACGUUGGAUCGCGGGACGUGGAGAUGGAAUCAGCCAGAUCACCGGAUCAAGAUCUCUCCCAGUGGGAAUACGAUCCGAACGACAUUGAUCUACCGAGUUCGGCCCCUGCUGCGGUGGCCACCGCUGCCUCGGGAUCCACUGGGUCCUCCUUGAUCCAGCGUGCGCGAAUCUCGGCCAUGUCCGAUCUUAAGGAGUUCAGUGGCAAGGAUCAGGACGAAGACCGCGCCCGAUCGUGGAUCAGCAAGGUAAAAUCGGCGUUCCUGCGAGAUCAGGCUACGGACGAAGAGAAGUGCCUGACCUUCGCCGAUCUACUGACGGGUCCGGCGAAGAACUGGUACCUCCAGCUGGGUCGAUCGACGCGGAACAAGUGGACCGAUCUACUCCGGAGUUUCCAGAUCCAGUAUUGUGGCCUGGGAGUAUCGGUCGCUUGGCAGUAUUAUCAUUCUCGCAAGAGAUCAGAUGAAUCGCCGUUGGAGUACCUCUAUCGACUGAAUGUGGCGGCUCUGAGUGCGAGAUUGAAGAUCAAGGACGGAGAUUCCAAGGCCCGCCGAGAACAUGUCGAACACUUUAUCGAGACGCUGGGCGAUCCGGAACUGUCCGAUCAGCUCACCCUACUCCGGCUUGCGGACGCGGAAGAUCUGGAGGAAGUCCUGCGCGCUCGAGAGCGCGCGAAGAGCAGACAGAAGCGAUCUGCCUUUGGAUCGAAGUAUCGUCAGAAGGUUCCGACCUCAACACCAGCUGCUGCAACCAAGCGGGCAGUGCGUGCAGUUCAGAUCGCGAGCCAGGAAUCUGGAUCGGACACAGGAUCGGAAGGAUCGGACUCGCAGGGUGAUCUACGUCGCGUUUACCUAGCGUCGGCCGAUGACAAGUCUCGCAACGUUGGGGGCGACUCGACGAAGCCGGAUCGGAGCAACCAAGCGCAGAUCAACCAUGACUCACCUCGAUCGGAUCCACGAUCGGAUCCACGAUCGCGGUCUUCACCUGACGGAUCGGAGCGAUCAAGCCACUGCUCACACUGUGGAUCGCAGAAACACACCGAUCUCGAUUGUUGGAGACGUUUGACGUGCGAGAAGUGUGGCAAGAGAGGUCAUCCGGCGGAUCGUUGCCUGUUUGUAUGCCGUGGAUGUGGUGAACUACACGAGAUGAGCAAGUGUUCGAUGGAGGAAUUCUACAACCAGAUCCGUCAAUGGUUCAACCCGGUGAAGCACGCUGACAUGUUGCCCGUGAUCGCCGAGAAGAUGUUAAACUAG